ACUCCAUUCAGCGCGCUGCCUUCACUGGGGACAAAUGUGUGAGUCACAAGUGCUGCCGACGUACAUUGUGCUCUGAUCAUUCCCAUUGGUCAGAUGCGUAGCAAACUUGGAGUUUGAACCCAAAGGCCCUACUUUUUACGCUCUGAAAGCCAGGACCUAAUCCGAUUCAACUGCAGUGAAGCACGGAGUGGAAAUGAUACAGGUUUACCGGUACCGCCGGCCAGAUUGUCAGGUAUAGUGUGUUGACAAGUGGUGAAAAUGUUGUGUGUGUGUUUCGUUGUUGUAGCAGCUAUUGGCAUCGCUGCAGGAACUGAAGAUGAUGGACAGACACCGUUUUACGUCAACGCAUCAGCGUUCGCACAGCAGAUUCUGAAAGUUCCUGAACAGACCAUUUCAAGAACUUCAGAAGCUCCCCUAGAAAAGUCAACGUCAGCAACGCCACUAACUUCCACGCCAUCGACUGAUGAAGCGGCAGAGAUUUAUCGUAAAACCAACAGACCACUGAGUAAAGGCAUUGACUGGAAGGACGAUAUCGGUUCAGAUUUGUCAAAUACCAACUCGAAAUCAAAACGGAAAAUGAUUAAGAAGCUUACCAGAGAAAGGGAACGUGAAGAACGAAGGCGAAAACGGAAACAAAAGACAGAAGAGAAACGCCUGUAUAUGGCUGGAAGAAAAUCCCAACAUUCAAAGAGCAAAGACAGAAAAGUGGAUAGUGAAAAACCCGCCAAGAAAACAUGCUUGGAGUGUGAAAAGAAACUGAAAAAAGAAAACCUUGAAAAGAUGAGACGUGAGUCUUUCAAGAAGCAGGUUAUAGAGAAACUACGUCUUGAUCUCAGUCGUCCUGUACGAAUUCCAGUUCUGAGUCAGGAGAUUCUCCGUCACGGAAUCAUGGACGACGAGUCUGUCGAUGACGAUGACGGAUACGCCAAGACAACCGACAUCAUCCUGUUCGCAGCGGACAUUACAAGAAAAUGCAGAUACCGGAAGUCGACUGGAUGCUUCAAGUUCAAUCUCCGGAAUAAGAUCGAUGGUCAGGUGACAUCUGCAGAACUGUUGAUCUACAAACUCCAUGAUCCGAAUGAUGGUCAGCAAUCAUUCAUAUUGUCAGAACUGGAACGACCAAAAUUCCGAAAACACAUGCCUCGGAACAUCGUGACUCGAAUGGACACGGACAUUACCGAAGGAUGGUUGACUUUUCGAUUGGACAAAACUGUUCAAAAAUGGGCUGAAAAUAGCAACAUGAAUGACGGUAUCGCGGUCAGGUGCAAAACAUGCGCGCGGGAAUCCCACAAGCAACUGUACAGCGCCAAAGAAGGCUACAAGCCCGUCCUCAUCGUUCACAUAAAGCCAACGUCGAAACGUCGACCACGGAGGAGUGUUGAGUGUGUUGGUGACAAUACUCGGUGCUGCAAACACAACUUUUGGAUCAAAUUCAGUGAAAUCGAUCUGAUCCAUAUCCUUCGUCCAGCGGGUGUUUGGGCUAAUUACUGCACGGGCUCGUGUGAUUUGAUGACAACGGGGCACUUUAACCACACAGGAUUGCUGCAAAGUGUUCGAUGGAGUGACGUCGCCAACGACACCAUACGGAACGCCAUUACACCCUGCUGUGGCGCGGUUCGACUCAGUACAAUGUCACUCCUCUACGCCAACGAACGCGGCGACAUUCGACAGGUCGACGUUCCCGACCUUGGUGUGGAAGAAUGUGGGUGUUUGUAACGCGAAACAGUGACCUUGACCUUCUAUACUGCCGUUGCCAUGCAUGCGUUUGUGUUUUGUAUGCCUCCAUGAAACGUGCUUCUUGUUCAUUCCUAUUGCUUAGCAACGUGAUUUAAUCGUACCAAUGGCUCUAAACCAUCCACGUUUCUGCUUGCGAUUAUCAAAACAACGCCUGUGACGUCAUGCUUAAACUAGAAAGUCCAUAUUGCUUAAUUAAUUCAACUUUUUUCACACGCAAGACAAUAAGAAACAUAGGUUGUAUCCUUCACAAAUAAAUUCCUCCUUUUUUAAAAUUCAGCAAUGCAACGUUCAAUACAUUUAGCAUGAACACGAUAAACAACCAAAAAACGAUAAGGUCAGGGGUUUGCUUGUUACACUAAAGACCCGGGUUCGGGGGAUAUAUAUUGUGUAUGUUACUCUUUUCACAAUGCAGUUUUAAACAAAACUGAGAAGGGUUUUCUUUAGAUUGACCGAAAAUCAGUUAUACUUCAGAUAAAUGUGUGUUUACAUCACUGUUUCCGAAUUUUAAUACUUCCAAGGCUAAAGCUAAUAUCUAAGAAUGUGAGGGCGGUGGGGUAGCCUAAUGGUUAAAGCGUUGGCUCGUCACGCCGAAGACCCGGGUUCAAAUCCCCACAUGGGCACAAUGUGUGAAGCCCAUUUCUGGUGUCCCCCGCCGUGAUGUUGCUGGAAUAUUGCUAAAAGCGACGUAAAACCAAACUCACUCAGUCUAAGAAUGUGAAAGGCCACAGUGUAUCAGAGCGUCGUUCCAUAACACGAUCUUGAGGCUAUUAUGUUUGUUGCGUGUGUUUUGUUAAAGCCAAUAUCGCUUUGUGGAGCAACAGAGGUACUUUUAUAUGUGCGCUUAGUUAAGGCACCUUAUCUCGAUAAACCCGUUUUAGUGGUAUUAUGGUGUAAUACAGUAAAACCUCGUUCAUUGGUGAUAGGGAUAGGAUAGGGAUGCCUGUUUGCUCUAGCCCCCUUACCUCUGAACUCGAAUUCCAACCUAUAUAAAGAUCGAGAGUUCCGUAGUUCGAGACAAGUGACGUUACGCUUCAGCGUCAAGACGUCAGUAAGAAUUCAACUUUGACUAUAUAAGGUGACAUCGUCUUAGGGAUCAGUCACUUAUUACGGUACAAUGUGAUAGUGGCGGGGAUCGGGUGCUUCAUUUCUUCAUUGCCCUUCCGGAAGAAAUAAGCUGUAAAGGGUCGAUUUUUUCCUGAUCCAUCCCAAAUAUAUGAAGUCCAAUACAGAUGUGUCGAAUUUUUACAGGUCGAAGGGAAGGAAAGUAUGGUCCCUGUGCUUUUUUCUUAAUUAAAUCAUCAUUUCGAGUUAAACUUCGUAUAAGUCGAAGUACUUACGCUGUCCCUUCCGGUUCGACACAAUUGUGUUUGACUAUUAUAUUUCUGAUCCUCCUCUAGACGCUGUGAUAGCAUAGCGUGACCCUCCCCGAACUUACACACCACGCCUUAUGAUAAAUGUCGGUCGCACGUCCGUUAUUCCGAGGUUUCGCUGUUGCAAAAGUGCAGAUUGUUAGCCUGAGUGCUGUUUUGCCAAGAAGUAGGCUUGUUGACUUGUCCUCCUCAGCUUUAUUGUCCAAGGUUCUGCCUGUAUAAUCGUGGUAUUUAUGUGACUCGCCAUUACAAUGCAAAUCAAACAAUGCAAAUCUCACACGAGCCCCUAUACUGGACAUAUUUUUACUGAUUUUAUUUUGAAAUUGGAAAUGUGUUUUAACACAUAUAGCCUCAAAGGCACGUUGUUUGAAGACUGUAGUGUAAUUUGUUUAUUUAGUGCUAGUUUUCUUAAUAAAAUUUGCAACUUU